AAAGGAGGUAGAUUUGACCGGGGUUGACUUAUUGUUCACGCCCGCUCAUGCUCUUUAGCCUUUUUUAGUACCUAUAUCUGCGGUAAACGUAUUGAUGACAUUUGAUUUUCAAACGUACUGUAAACUAAGUGGAGAUUCAUCAUAAGUGAAAAACUGUGAUGUUUGGGAAUACCAAUAUUCUUCUAAAGAAAUUACAAUUCUGAUCGGUAAAUAUUCCGGCGCUAUUUGAAAUAACCUGGUAAAACAUUUGUUCAUGCUGUCUCAUCAAUAACAUAUUCACCAACUAGACGCAAAGCUACUGAUCCUCUAACAUUCCAAGGAAUGUCUUUAGAAUUAUGGCUUUUAUCGCUAAUAUCCAUUAUAACAACCUUAGUCUUAGUGACAUUUAUACUCCUGAUUGUAAUGUACCUUACCACAGAUCCAUAUCCAAACCUAUCUAGAAGCAGUACAGAAGAAUGUUUUUAUGAUCCUGAUCAAUCUAAGUACAUUAAAUUACAAUUUGGGCUCACUGAAAGACCAGAAAAAGAAUUAUCAGUUAUAAUUCCAGCUUACAAUGAAGUUGAACGCCUUCCUUCAAUGUUGACUGAAGCAUUGGAUUACCUUCAUAAACGAAGAGAUUCAAAUAAAAAGUUCACGUUUGAAAUAAUUAUCGUAAAUGAUGGUAGCAAAGAUCAUACAUUAGAGAUUGCUCAUAAAUAUUGUAAACUCGAGGGUUCAGAUACAAUUCGUGUAAUAUCUUUAGAUCGAAAUCGUGGAAAAGGUGCUGCAGUCAGGAUAGGAAUGCUUUCUGCACGUGGCCGUAUACUUCUGUUUGUAGAUGCAGAUGGUGCGACUCAAUUUUCCGAUAUUGAAAAACUUGAGGAGGCCUUAGCUUCAUCUGUAGCCAAUAGAUGGAAUGGUGGUAUGGCGGUGAUAUGUGGUUCUAGAGCACAUUUAGAAGAACAAGCACUCGCUAAACGUCAUCCAUUACGAAAUCUACUCAUGUAUGGAUUUAAGUUAUUUGUUUGGCUUGUAUGUGUCCGUGGAGUUCGUGAUACACAAUGUGGAUUUAAAUUGUUUAGUCGACCGGCUGCUCGUUUAUUAUUUCAUAAUUUACAUGUUGAACGCUGGGCUUUCGAUGUGGACUUGCUUUAUUUAGCUCGACAUUUCGAUAUGAAUAUUGUUGAAAUACCUGUGCAUUGGCAAGAAAUUUCAGGCUCGAAACUAGUCCCAAUUUUCUCAUGGAUUCAAAUGGCAAAAGAUUUGCUCAUGAUUCGUUUACGUUAUUCACUAGGAGCAUGGAAAAUUGAACCGGUUCACACAUGAUGCGCACAUCAAUCAAACUAUAUUUAGUCAUUGCUCAUCCUAUCCUAUGUGCAGUUCAACAUAGUACACAUUCUGUUGUUUACCAUCUAUCUAUCAAAGCUUCACUCCAAAUAUUCCAUUUUUAUUAUUAAAUUUUUUUUCUUUUUUUGAAAAUGAAAUGGCUAUUCAUAAAACAUUCCUUACAAAAAAAAAUUUAAUGUCAAUUAUUUUUAAUGUUUAUCAUGUAAUAAUCAUGUAUUCACUGGAAUAAAUAAAGCUAUGUUUGUAAAAUAAAAUUUCCCAUGUACGAUGGUACAAUAAAGAAAAAAAAACAGUUCAAAUAUUAGUUGUUUUUUUUUUGCGUUGUAUCUGUCACGCUUAAGUAAUUCCAAACAGUAGAUGAUUUAUCCGAAAUUAAAUAAAACAGUAAUAAGUCUAUAAACAAUAAUGAACAAAAUAAUCAAAGGAGGCAUUAUUAAUUCUAAUUUUUUAAAAGUAAUUCGUGUAAAGAAAAAGUAUUUAGUAAGUGUGUGAAGAUGGCAUGACAAACUUAUUUUGUAAAUAGUUUUGACGCUAUUUGUAUAGCAACAACCUAUAUGUACCAUUGGUAUUUUCUAUUGUGUGGUUUGUAUGAGCUUGUACAACUGAGCGUUGCAUACGCCUACGCGCUGACUCAUACUUCUCGCUUUAACGUUAAUCUCUUAAUUUCCGCAUGAACUCACAUGACUUGUCUCGCUGACCUUUGACCUUGUCAGUCAUUCGUCGUUUUUGUUCAUGUCUGUGCAUGCCUAUUUCGUUUGUCAUAUGUCUGUCUUAUUUUUGUCUGACUAUAUAUUCUUACUCAUACUCUAUCUCUUGGAGUUGGCUCUAAAGCCUUCUCCAGUUCACAUCGGUUCAUUUGUUUUAUUCACUGCUUCUCCACUGCGCUUCGUGGUGUGUCCCGAAUAAACGUAUUCAUCACUACGAGUUCAU